CCUAAUUGAAGAGAUUUAUUAUAAAUACUCUAACAGAAAGAGAUCCAAGCAACUUUUAUUUUUUAUUCUAUUUAUUUUGAUUCUCUAUGCAAAAAGUCGGAUCCUUUCAUAGCAAGUUACAGUCUGAAGACCACUUCAAUGCUACGGUGUAUACACCUUCUACAGCAGAGACAUCUUGUUGCUCUUAUUCCUCUCAUCAAAAGCUAGGACAUAAGCACAACAACAAUAGCUUGUACAAAAAAGCAGCGCCACUUACUGCUGAAAAUCUCUCUAAAAUUUUAACGAUCGAUUCAACUCAUACACCGCUUGCUCGGUAUUGCAAUGAGCUCGCUGCAAAUAGUGCAGUAUUCACAGAGUCCAAUACGUCAACAUCAGCUCGAAGAAAAGUGCGCCAACGCAUUCAAGAUGAAGUCAUUGAGUCACCUCGUCUAUUGCCCUUUCCCUAUCAUAACGAUUCUCGGUUCCUACCUACUGCCGAGCACGAUUAUCCAGGAAGAUGUUCGGAAGCGUCCUCUUCCUUUGUCAGUAUCUCAUUUCAAACCAUGGGUUAUCGUCAGACACUUCCGAGUAUUUCUAGUACCUAUCACUCAAAUCAAAGCCAAUCAAAAGAUAUCAACAUGCUUCAGAAAUGCUAUGAUGACAUUUCGAGUUAUAAACGCAGAGCAGAUAGCGUUACACCAUCAUCACCUUCAACGUUACGCGACGAAUGUAUGGUGCCACAAGAAAAGCACAGAAUCAGUAAUAAAUUGACAUCAAAAUUGAAACAAAACCUGCUCUUUAAGGCCAGUAGUGACACGGUUCCAAAAGACCAUGUUGUUGAUAGCUCAAGAAGAACUCGUUCAUGGUACACAAAACUCUGGAAGUUUUUGAAACCAUCUUAUAUAAAAAAAAUCAUCGCAACUCAAAUUGUUCAACGUCAGCACCUGUCUGGUACAGUCAAUUCCGUUGUAAUCCACCUCCUCCACCUUCUCAUACGCCUGUUAACUUAUCAUACUAACUUUAUAUUGUACACAUUGCACAUUUCUCUUGCAUAUAUGUCGCAUUUGCACCUGAGAAAAUUGCUAUUUUUUGUUUAAAAUACCCGUUCCAUACCAACCUAGCAUCUUUGAAAGAUACGCGUGAAAAUAAAAAAAAAAAGAAUAUGUUCUUGUGUUUGGACCUUUUCUUUGUC